AUGUUAAAGCUCAAAGGGUGCUUUUGGGAGGGCGCUUCAGCGACGCUUGAGGAGAUGCCGGUGCCUUUGAAUGGCACAGACGAAGACGAGAAGGAAGAGUGGCAGAAGCAAGUUACUUCUGCGCUGGAAACGCUGGGCGGAGUGGUGGUCGAGGACGGACCUCCGGCGGACAACGCCUUUCAUGUAUCUCAACUUGCCAUCAUCUUUAACCGCAUACAGCCAUUGCUCGACACCUUUGCAACUGGUUUGAGAGAUGGCAUAUACGACCCAGACUCAUCCGAGUACCCAACUAUGACCCGUUUCUUUGCCCACUUAUGCUUAUGUCUCUUUCUGCAAAUGAUUGAGAUUCACCACCGCGGGCGACUUGAGUUGUUCUGGAGGCAUAUCUCCAGGUGUUGGAGGUCAGUCCUACGUCACAUGGUCCGAUAUUGGGCUGAGUCCCAUCGUGUCAUCCAGGCUGCUGGCCAAAGAGAACUCAUAGCAAUAGCGAUACGCCAUGUUCCUCACGUCCUCGAUCUCUUGGCGGACAUCAAAGAACGACGACUGGCUCUGACACGUGCCCGCGAACACGGGCUAGACGUGAAAACCGUUGCCAUUGUCACGGCUGAACGGACGAUCGAAAAAGCGUUUGAGCAUCUUCCGCCACUCGGGGGACCCUUACCGUCUAUUAUCGCAUUGCAACCUGAACCUUCGAAUGUGGAAAUGCUACUUCUGCGUUCGAUAGAAUGGACAUCAUUUAUGGAAGCUACAUAUGGUACACCCCUCGAGCAGGUAACGGUCAUCUUACGGUAUUUCCUCGGCACCAGGCGCGUCAACCUCGCCCGAAAGCUUCUCGACAGGCUCCCUCCCGAAAUCGCGGCGAUCAGUGAACCCGAAGAUCGUGCGACGGAGUACCUUCAUUAUCGACAAUUCUUCAAUAUUUGGGAACUUCUCGAUCGUGAUGCGAAGGCGGAGUGGUUGAAAGAUUAUAAGGGACUCAUCGAACAAUGCUAUGAAGCGAUCGUGAAAUUGUUGACAGAAGAUUGGAUGCUUCUUGAGCAAACAGCGGAUAGAGAAGUUGAUCGAAGACAUCUGGAGAUGUUGAGGGUGAGACAGAUAUAUGUGCCGGAGCUGAUCCUUCGGUUACAUGUCAUGUUGUACUCGUCAAGGGAACAUAUCCCAGGGUUCGUCUACUACCGUCACCCCACACGGGCACAGGUCUAA